AUGAAAACCUCCAUCACCACCACCAUCAUCACCCUCCUAACCACCAAUACCCUCCUCCAAGCCCAAGCCGCAACCUGCCAAGGCUCCCACGGCGGCGCCUGGGGGGGCGCAACCUGGGAAUCCAUCAACAAAGCAAUCGCGCAAACAUGCAACUCCCAACCUUACAACGACGGCUACAAAGCCGUCGAAGUAACUGCCGGUUACCAAAUCGCCUCUGCAGAAGCUGAUGUUGGUACGGGUGGUUCACCGAAUUGUUGGGCGGCUAUGUAUCAGAUUAGGGAUCAAUGUUUGGAUACUGGGAAAGGACAUUAUGCGACGCAGGGGGAGUGGCAGUAUGGGGAUGAGUAUUAUUUUUUGUGGGCUUGGGAUCAGGCUGAUUGUCGGCAUCAGCUUGCUGGUGGUGGCACAAAUGUUUCGUUCCAGCGUGACAAAUGGUACAAAACAAGGAGAUGA